AUGCACCAUAUCAUCUCUGACGGAUGGUCUGUCGAUAUCCUACAGCGGGAGCUGGCUAGCUUCUACGCUGCUGCGGUGCGCGGGGAAGAUCCACUAAUGCGAGUGACCCCGCUUCCGAUCCAAUACCGCGAUUUCUCCGUCUGGCAGAGAGAGGCAACUCAAGCUGAGGAGCAGGAGCGUCAGCUGGCGUACUGGAAACAACAGUUGGAUAGUAGCCGGCCGGCAGAGCUGCUCAGUGAUAAGCCACGGCCGGCUGUAUUGUCGGGCAAGGCGGGCGUGCAUCAGGUCAUGAUCGAGGGUUCCUUAUACAGUAACCUUCACGCCUUCUGCAAGACUCACCAAGCCACGCCCUUUGCUGUGCUCCUCGCGGCAUUUCGGGCGACUCACUAUCGGCUCACAGGAGUCGAAGACGCAACGAUCGGCACACCGAUCGCCAACCGGAACCGACAGGAGCUUGAGGACCUGGUCGGCUUCUUUGUCAACAUGCAAUGUAUCCGAAUCCACGUGGAAAACGAGUCAUUCGAGUCCCUCGUCGCCCAAGUACUUGCAACGACUGCGGCCGCGGCUGCACAUCAGGAUGUGCCGUUCGAGAGGCUCGUAUCGGAGCUGCGGCGCGGGUCUCACGACAUAUCCCGUCAUCCAUUAAUUCAGACCCUAUUUCAGGUCGAUUCUCAUAAAGAUAUUGGCUAUCUUCAUCUCGAAGGCCUCCACGCAGAGCCGGUGGAAGACACAAGCUCCACGCGUUUCGAUAUUGAGUUCCAUUUCUUCACUGAGCAUGGACGCCUGCGCGGCACGAUCAUGUACGCCGAGGAUCUGUUCGAAGAGGCGUCAGUCCGCAGCAUGGCAAGCGUGUUCCUGGGUCUUCUCCAGCAGGGACUUACAGAUCCCUCCAUGAACGUCGCUACUGCGCCGCUGACACAUGGGCUCUCGGCCCUGCGGGAGCUCGGUUUGACACGCAUCGAGCGCACCGACUACCCGCGAGACUCAAGCGUGCCCGAGCUCUUCCGCCAGCAGGUGUCAGCGUCCCCGGACGCGAUUGCGGUGAAGGACUCAACCACGCAGCUCACAUACGCCGAGCUGGAUGAGACCUCAGAUCGCGUGGCUUGUUGGCUCGCGCAGCGCGGCUUGGCGGCGGAGAGCUUGGUGGCGGUUUUGGCGCCGCGCUCGUGCCAGGCUAUUAUCGCCUUCCUUGGCAUCCUGAAGGCCAAUCUAGCAUACCUUCCGCUAGAUACGAACGUGCCACUAGCCCGCCUAGAGGGCGUUCUGAAGGGAUUGACUGGAGAGGGGCUGAUCUUGAUUGGCGCAGGCGUCGACUGGCCGGCCUCUCAGCUCUCAGAUAUCGCCUUGGUACCCAUCUCGGAGGCGCUGGAGUACGCGCCCAAAGCCUCGCAAACUAUGGCGCCGCUGCUGCCACCCCCCGGGGCCACCAGCCUCGCGUAUGUCAUGUUUACCUCCGGCUCGACGGGCCGACCCAAGGGCGUGAUGAUCGAGCAUCGUAGCAUUGUCCGCCUGGUGAGGAACACAAAUGUAGUUCCGCAGAUCCAUGCCGCAACGAACGUGGCUCACGUCGCCAACCUUGCGUUUGACGCAGCUACGUGGGAGAUCUACGCCCCCUUGCUGAAUGGCGGUACUAUUAUCUGCGUAGAUCACUUUACCGUCCUUGACGUCCCGGCCCUGGGCCGCCUAUUCGAGGCCGAGGCCGUUCGAGCCGCCAUGCUGACUCCAGCGCUCCUAAAGCAGUGUUUGACCGAUGCACCUUCCGCGCUGUCGCUACUCAACACGCUCUUCGCUAUCGGAGACCGCUUCGAUCCGAGUGACGCAGACCAGGUCAGGCGCCUUGUCUCCGGCGACGUGAUCAACGGAUACGGCCCAACCGAGAAUACGACCUUUAGCGCUAUCUAUCAUAUUCCGGCUCAUGAGCGGGGUGUCAACGGCAUACCGAUCGGCUGCGCUAUAAGUAACUCAGGAGCGCUUGUCAUGGACGCUCGGCAAAACCUGGUCCCGCUCGGGGUGAUGGGCGAGCUCGUGGUCACGGGUGAUGGCUUGGCCCGCGGCUAUACUGACCCGACACUCAAUCAAGACCGCUUUAUCGAAGUGACCGUGGACGGAGAGACACUGAAGGCCUAUCGUACCGGCGAUCGGGUCCGCUAUCGUCCGACCGAUGGCCAGCUCGAGUUCUUCGGGCGACUGGACCACCAGAUCAAACUGCGUGGCAACAGAAUCGAGCUUGGGGAGGUCGAGCACGCCCUCUGCCGCAACAGCGCCGUUGACCACGCUAUCGCACUGGUACACACUGCCGAAGGUCAAGACCCCGAGCUCGUCAGCUUUAUCACACUCCGCGCCAGUGAGUCAGAACAAGACGCGGACUCAGGCCCCAAUUCGUUUGGACAGGGUAUUCGGGACCGUCUCCGGGUAGCACUCCAGGCGGUGCUCCCGGCCUACAUGGUGCCGUCGAGGAUCCGGGUCCUGGACCGAAUGCCUCUGAAUGCCAAUGGCAAGGUUGACCGGCGGGUGCUUGCGACGAAAGCGCUUGGUGACGUGGCAGGACCGGGCCCGCGAGAGGUAGUGGCCGCUCGCAAUGACGUUGAGCGCGCCCUGUGCGAGGAGUUCGGGCAUGUACUCGGGCUGGAAGUCGGCAUCACGGACAACUUCUUCACCCUUGGCGGCCAUUCACUCAUGGCCACUCGCGUGGUCUCGCGCAUAAAUCAGCGACUCAACGUCACGAUCACGGUGAGGGAAGUCUUCGACGCCCCGCUCAUAGCCGACCUGGCCGAACGAGCGGCGCGCGCGCUCGGUGCGACCCCCUACGUGCCUAUUCCGCGCACACAGCUUAGCGGGCCUAUCAUGCAGUCGUUUGCGCAAGGACGCCUCUGGUUCCUCGACCGCCUCUACCCGGACUCGACCUGGUAUUUGAUGCCAUUCGCGACCCGCCUUCGCGGCCCCCUGCAGCUUUCGGCGCUUAACAAGGCGCUGCAGGCGCUUGAAGAGCGCCAUGAGCCAUUACGCACUGUGUUCGGCCAGCGCGAGGGGGGCCAACGUACAGCUUGUCCGACCCUUUGUCGCCCGGCCCCUGCGCACUGUCAAUUUUCCUGGCGGCGACUGGGCCACCCUGACACAAGCUCUGCGGGAUGA